AUUUAAUUUUAUAGUGUGCUGGUAGUACUAAUUUUUUUCUGUAAAAAGAAACAAUGCUGCAAAAUGAUACUUUAUAGUGUGCUAGUAGUACUGAUUUUUCUCUGUAAAAAGUCCCUGUUAUUAAGUCUCUGUGGUAUCUUUAUGAAGAACUUUAACUAUUUUACCAUGAAUACUUUUUGUCCCGCGUCAUGCGAAUAUGGGUCUUAUGCAUUAUGACGCCAGCUUAUCUCCUGACCAGUUAGUGUUUGCGUGCAGUCCAGUCAGGAAGGAAGCUGUCCACUAUACAGUUAUGCAAGGGUUCAUGGUCUCAGUCAGGAAGGAAGCUGUCCACUAUACAGUUAUGCAAGGUUUCAUGGUCUCAGUGUGUGCGUGCAGUCCAGUCAGGAAGGAAGCUGUCCACUAUACAGUUAUGCAAGGUUUCAUGGUGCAGUCCAGUCAGGAAGGAAGCUGUCCACUAUACAGUUAUGCAAGGUUUCAUGGUCUCAGUCCAGUCAAGAAGGAAGCUGUCCACUAUACAGUUAUGCAAGGUUUCAGGGUCUCAGUCCAGUCAGGAAGGAAGCUGUCCACUAUACAGUUAUGCAAGGUUUCAUGGUCUCAGUCCAGUCAGGAAGGAAGCUGUCCACUAUACAGUUAUGCAAGGUGUCAUGGUGCAGUCCAGUCGGGAAGGAAGCUGUCCACUAUACAGUUAUGCAAGGUGUCAUGGUGCAGUCCAGUCAGGAAGGAAGCUGUCCACUAUACAGUUAUGCAAGGUUUCAUGGUGCAGUCCAGUCAGGAAGGAAGCUGUCCACUAUACAGUUAUGCAAGGUUUAAUGGUCUCAGUCCAGUCAAGAAGGAAGCUGUCCACUAUACAGUUAUGCAAGGUUUCAGGGUCUCAGUCCAGUCAGGAAGGAAGCUGUCCACUAUACAGUUAUGCAAGGUUUCAUGGUCUCAGUCCAGUCAGGAAGGAAGCUGUCCACUAUACAGUUAUGCAAGGUGUCAUGGUGCAGUCCAGUCAGGAAGGAAGCUGUCCACUUUACAGUUACGCAAGGUGUCAUGGUGCAGUCCAGUCGGGAAGGAAGCUGUCCACUAUACAGUUAUGCAAGGUGUCAUGGUGCAGUCCAGUCAGGAAGGAAGCUGUCCACUAUACAGUUAUGCAAGGUUUCAUGGUGCAGUCCAGUCAGGAAGGAAGCUGUCCACUAUACAGUUAUGCAAGGUUUCAUGGUCUCAGUCCAGUAAAGAAGGAAGCUGUCCACUAUACAGUUAUGCAAGGUUUCAUGGCCUCAGUCCAGUCAGGAAGGAAGCUUUCCACUAUACAGUUAUGCAAGGUUUCAUGGUCUCAGUCCAGUCAGGAAGGAAGCUGUCCACUAUACAGUUAUGCAAGGUGUCAUGGUGCAGUCCAGUCAGGAAGGAAGCUGUCCACUAUACAGUUAUGCAAGGUGUCAUGGUGCAGUCCAGUCAGGAAGGAAGCUGUCCACUAUACAGUUAUGCAAGGUUUCAUGGUCUCAUCCAGUCAGGAAGGAAGCUGUCCACUAUACAGUUAUGCAAGGUUUCAUGGUCUCACAGUCCAGUCAGGAAGGAAGCUGUCCACUAUACAGUUAUGCAAGGUGUCAUGGUGCAGUCCAGUCAGGAAGGAAGCUGUCCACUAUACAGUUAUGCAAGGUUUCAUGGUCUCAUCCAGUCAGGAAGGAAGCUGUCCACUAUACAGUUAUGCAAGGUUUCAUGGUCUCACAGUCCAGUCAGGAAGGAAGCUGUCCACUAUACAGUUAUGCAAGGUGUCAUGGUGCAGUCCAGUCAGGAAGGAAGCUGUCCACUAUACAGUUAUGCAAGGUUUCAUGGUCUCAUCCAGUCAGGAAGGAAGCUGUCCACUAUACAGUUAUGCAAGGUUUCAUGGUCUCAUUAGCAAAUAGGUUAGCUUCUGACCAGACUGUGCAACUGAGCAGGCUGGCCACAUAUGGCAGAAGUCCUAUUUUCGCAUGAUGCGCUUCAUUUUGUUCUUUUGGAAAAUAUAGCAAAUUUAUUCUUUAUUUUUUAUAUUUUGCUUUUCCCCAAAUACUGCUAAUAAAUCAUAUUAAUCCA